CAACUUUCCCAGUUCCCAUCUCUUCUCUCCAGUACUCUCUCAUAUUUUCCCCAUGAAAAAUCGAACUCUCCCUUCCCUAAUGCCUCCGUGAACCUCAACGCCCCCUCUUCCUUUUUCCCCUUCCAUAUCUUUCCCGCUUCCCUUCUCAAAUGGCUCCCUUCUUCUCCGCCGCCGCCGCCGACCACUGAUCCCCUCGCCGUCUUCCUCAUCAAUCAAUCACCAUCAUGCUCUCACCGCAGCCGCUGCGCAACGGCGAGACUCCGUCGCCUCACCCGCGGAUCUCCGCCCCUCACUUCCACUCCACUCUCUCCGUACAGAAGCUCCGCCGAUUCAACUCCCUCAUCCUCCUCCUCCGCCUCCUCGCCUUCUGCUUCUCCCUCUCUUCCUCCAUCUUCAUGCUCACCAACUCCAGGGGAUCCGACUCCCCCUCCUGGCGCGACUUCGACGCCUUUAGAUACGUUUUCGCGGCGAAUGCGAUCGUGGCGAUAUACUCGCUCCUGGAAGUGGCGGCGUCGGCCUGGGAAGUUCUCAAGAGCGCGACGAUUUUCCCGGAGGUGCUCCAAGUGUGGUUCGAUUUCGGCCACGAUCAGAUAUUCGCUUACCUCCUGCUGUCGGCGGGCUCGGCGGCGACGGCGCUGGUCAAGACGCUCAAGGAUAGGGACACCUGUCGAUCUUUCAGCGCCUUCUGCCUCCAAUCCGACAUCGCCAUUGCCCUGGGCUUCCUCGGGUUCCUGUUCCUAGGGUUCACCACCUUGCUCUCGGGUUAUCGGGUCGUCUGUUUUGUAAUCAACGGCUCUCGUUUCCAUCUCUAAUAAUUAAUGACAAUAAAAAGGUUCUUAAGAAUAGGAUUCUUGAUUUUGAUUUUUUUUUUUUUACCUCUUUGCUUUUAGUACCAUAAUGUGACUGAUGUUAUGAUGACAUGCCUCCUUUGGUACAAUAUGAUUCAAGAGAUAAUGAUUGUGUUUUA